AUGUCCGAGACUGGUGACUCCGGAGCAGAAACCACUGACAUAAUCACUAACAACGUUUGCAAGACCAAAUGGUCCCGCUGGUGCAAGAAGUACUGGUGGACCUUCGGCUGGCUGGUCGUCGCGGUAAUGGCCGUCGCACUUCCCUUCGUGGCAGGUGACACUCCCAGCAGCCGCGACUGCUCCUCCGCAGGUCAAAACCCCAGCAGUCCCGACUGCUCCUCCGCAGAUGCAGACUGUGCUGCAUAUAAAGCCGCCGGAUACACGACCAGUGGAGUCUACACACUCGGCCAACCCCUGUCCGGUGUAACGGUCUACUGUGACAUGGAUAUUGAUAUAGAAGGAGGAUGGACUGUGAUCCAGCGACGACUGGACGGGUCGGUUCCCUUCGACCGAACCUGGCAGGAGUACAAGCGCGGGUUUGGGAACAAGAACGGGGAAUACUGGCUUGGGAACGAGAACAUCCACCUCCUGACUACUCAGAAGGACUACCAUCUGCGGAUUGACAUGCUGAGCUGGGAUAGGCGGAUACGCUACGCGAAAUACUACACUUUUAGGGUGGCCGGUGAGUCGAACGGGUACCGGCUGACCGUUUCCGGGUAUUCAGGCACAGCGGGAGACUCCAUGCGUCACAACAACGGGCAGAUGUUCUCCACUGUGGACAGGGACAAUGAUGUCGCCAGCAACUUGGACUGUUCUCAGCAGAGCGGACAGGGCGGUUGGUGGUAUAAGGACUGCAGCCGCUCCUUCCUCAACGGCCGCUAUGUAAACCUGCGCAACUGUGGGAACUCCUGUCGAGCCUGGCCAGGUGUGGUGUGGUACGACUGGAGAGGCGGGGAUUACUCCCUGAAGUCUGUGUCUAUGAAAAUCAGGCCCAAAACGAUAUUUAAGCAUGCUUAA